AGAAAAACAGUAACAUCAACAAAAAGGUAAAGAAUAGCGAAGAUGAAGGGGACAAAACAAAAGAGAAGAAGACAGUGAGGAUGAAGUUAUCGGAAGUCCUGUCCUGAACCACAGCUCCUUCGGUUUCCCUGAGGCGAUUAUGUUGUCUCCUUCUCCCCUUCACUGUCGCUCUUAGUCAAACGCUUCUUCUCCUAUCAGCGAUUUUCUUCUUCAGCUUGGAACCUUCUACAAAGUACAAAAGGAGUAAUGGGUUUUAGAGAUUAAGAUGGCUAAAUAGUGAUUCCGGUUUACAUUGUGUGUGUUUCUCGACAAGUUGCUCAUAUUCUGGGGCUCUCCUCUCUCUCUCUGUGUGGGUCCAUUUGAAUAAAUGCCGACUUUGUCAUUGUGUGAUGGAGACUUAGCAAGUGUGAGCUUACAAAAGGAAUACACUUUCUCUUCCCCUUUUUGCUGGUCUGGCUGAAACAUAGAAAGUUUUUUUUCUCUCUUUGCCUCAAGUUGUGUGGUUCUUGAAAAUUCAGAACCUUUUCUUCUUCUUAUUUAUCUUAUUUGAUUUUCUGCAAACUUGUGGUGGUUCUUGUAGUAUUUGCAGCUCUAGCUUUGGUUGUAGGCUUAUGAAAUCAACCCACAUCUUCAAUGGACUGCAACAUGACAUCUUCGUUGUGGGACUUGGAGCAUUUGAUCAUGUCCAACCCCUCAAAGACUGAAAAUGACAAAAGACAACCAUCUACCGAGUGGGAAUAUCAGAAAGGCGAAGGAAUUGAAUCUAUGUUUCCCUCUUUCGCUGGCCUCAACAGAGUCAGUAGUGGCUCUACCACCGGUUUCUCCACCAACUCAUCAUCUCCCAUAUUCAAGCUUGCAUCAGAAAGUUCCCCUGGAGAUUCUUUCAGCAACAUAGAUUUUGUCCAGGGGAAGACAUCCUCCACUGCUCUCGAGGUAUCUGCUGAAUCAGACCUUUGUUUAAAACUUGGAAAGCAGACAUACUCUGAAGACUAUUGGGGUAGAAGUAACAAUGAAGUUUCAGCCGUUUCUACCAAGCUGUUGGCUCCUUGUGUUGUUGCUCGGAAGAAAUCCAAAGCGUAUGGUCAGAGCAGCAUGCAAGUCCCUCGUUGCCAAGUUGAUGGCUGUGAACUGGAUCUCUCAUCUGCUAAGGACUAUCAUCGCAAGCAUAGAGUCUGCGAGAACCAUUCAAAGUGCCCAAAAAUUACUGUGGGUGGCCUGGAACGUCGAUUCUGCCAACAGUGUAGCAGGUUGCAUGCGGUCUCUGAAUUUGAUGAGAAGAAACGAAGCUGCCGUAAACGUCUUUCGCAUCACAAUGCUAGGCGUCGCAAGCCACAAGGAGUGUUUCCAUUGAAUCCAGAGAGGGAUUGCAAUGGAAGACAGUAUCCAAAUAUGUUGUGGAAUGGGUUGUCCCUUAACACCAGCUCUGAUGAAAAGUAUGCUGCAUGGAGUCCCACUUAUUAUGAUACAAAGCCUACACAGAUGGAAAGCGGCUUUACCUUGAGCUUCCAGAGAGGCUGUGGCCCUGAGGAGCAGUUGUAUGCUGGUAGCAGCCGCUCCUUCUCUGCGUUUCAAACCUCUGGAGGGUUCUCAGCAGGGAGGUCCAACUCUCAACUUCCAGGCAAAGCAGGUGUAGGUGAAUACUCAGGAGGCCUCCAUGAGUCGCAAGACUUCUACAGUGCUCUCUCUCUUCUGUCAACGUCUUCGGAUUCGCAUGGGACGAAACACAAUCCCAUGGUCGAACCACAGCCAACACAUGGUACUUUCCCUACUCAUUUCAUAUGAGUAAGGAAUGCAAAGUCACUUCAUUAUAUGGACCAGGUUGCACCUAAUGGGAGUGUUUCUUAUUCGAAGAAAAUAAGAAUGUGUAACGUUCAUUUGCUCAAGUGAAACCAGUUACAUGGUUAGGUUUGGUUUCAUCUACUUUUCAAAACUUAAUAAGUUAUUUUCUUGUUGGAUCAUGUUGUAUUGUAUGUCAACUUCUUCUUGGAUCCUGUUGUGUUAUUGUAUGUACUUGAAUUGUUACUCUAUCAGACAUGUCUACUGUUUCAUAAACA